UCGACAGGAGGGAGGAGCCGGCCCGGCGAGGCCGCGUGUACGAUAGCGAUCCGCUCCCGCUCUCUGGCGUCUCUGACGGGGCGGGCGACUCUCUCGGGCCCCAGGCGGCCUCCCGUCUCUCGGCGAGGGGUGGUGUCUCUGACGGGGCGGUCGUCUCUCCCGGUUGGGGGGCGGCGUCCCUUCUCUCCGCAGGGGGUGGUGUCUCCGACGGGGCGGUCGUCCCAGCGCCGGCUCGGAAGCCACCGUGGCAGAGGGCAGAGAGAGACAGAGACGGAGAGAGCUGUGCCCAGGGUCGGGCUAGGUGACUGAGGCAGGAUGAACUGGGCGGGCCUGUACACCUUGCUGAGCGGCGUCAACCGCCACUCCACGGCCAUCGGGCGCGUGUGGCUGUCGGUCAUCUUCAUCUUCCGCAUCAUGGUCCUCGUGGUGGCCGCCGAGAGCGUGUGGGGGGACGAGAAGGCGGCCUUCACCUGCAACACGCAGCAGCCCGGCUGCAACAGCGUCUGCUACGACCACUUCUUCCCCGUGUCCCACGUGCGGCUCUGGUCCCUGCAGCUCAUCCUGGUGUCCACCCCGGCCCUCCUGGUGGCCAUGCACGUGGCCCACCAGCAGCACGCCGAGAAGAAGCUCCUGCGCCUGGAGGGCCGCGGCGACCCCCUGCACCUGGAGGAGGUCAAGCGUCAGAAGGUGCGCAUCUCCGGCACGCUGUGGUGGACCUACGUGGUCAGCGUGGCCUUCCGGCUGCUCUUCGAGGCCGUCUUCAUGUACGUCUUCUACCUGCUCUACCCGGGCUACGCCAUGGUCCGGCUGGUCAAGUGCGAGGCCUACCCCUGCCCCAACACGGUGGACUGCUUCGUCUCCCGCCCCACGGAGAAGACCGUCUUCACCGUCUUCAUGCUGGCCGCCUCGGGCCUCUGCAUCGCCCUCAACGUGGCCGAGCUGGUCUACCUGGUGGUCCGGGCCUGCGCCCGCCGGGCCCGCCGCCGCCGGGCCGGCCCCCCGGCCCGCAAGGGCUCGGGCGGCUUCGCCCACCGCCUCUCGCCCGAGUACAAGCAGAACGAGAUCAACAAGCUCCUGGGCGAGCAGGACGGCUCCCUCAAGGACCUCCUACGCCGCGGGCCGGGCUCGGCCCCGGCCGAGAAGGGUGACCGCUGCUCCGCCUGCUGAGGGGGGGCGGGGGGGCGUCCCCUCCCCCGGCCCCCGCGCCGCGUCCCCCCCGAUUAAAAGAGGAUUUUACAGAAA